AGAGCAGAAUGCAUACUUUGUUGAUUGAACGUAACAAUUUGGAAAACAGACUUAAAUUGAAUAAAGCGUGUACAGAUCAAAGUACGCCACAACAUACCGCUUUAGAUCCCGAUAAAAUACAGGACAAAGUUUGGAUAGAAAGAAAGCACUCUAUUCUCUUUUGCGGGUUACCAAAGGUAGGAUCGACAUUUUGGAAGAGAACAUUAACAGUGUUAGCAAGUGGUACAAAGAAAUCUCCGUUUCAGCUGACAUUAGGAAGUGUGCAACUUGUACAUUUCGUUGAUUUUAAAAGUCAAAUGAGUAGAAAGAAUUUAGAGGGAUAUCUAAAAAGUGUUAGCUCUUUUCUAUUUGUCCGGGAUCCCUAUAGUAGAUUAUUUUCAGGAUAUGAGCACAAGUUAUACAAUCCAAAUUUAAGUUUUUGGAAGUCGUAUGGAGUACCAAUUGUGAAGACAAUAAGAAAGAAUCCAUCAAAAGAGAGCCUGAAAUUUGGUCAUGAUGUAACAUUUGCUGAGUUUGUACAGUAUAUCUUGAAGCAAAAUGAUAAUAAUGAAAGAAUAAAUACUCACUUUAAACCAAUGUAUCAGAAAUGUGACCCUUGCGGACUUCCAUAUGACUUCAUUGGACAUCUAGAAACAUUUAAACAAGACGCUGAGUAUCUUUUUGACAGAUGGAGAAACCAGUUUUCAGACUUCAAUAUUCAUUUUGGUGAUUUUGAAAAGGAAACUGUAUUAGAUACUGCUAAAAGCCUUAUUGGCCUAUCAUUUAGAUCAUAUUCAGCCAUUAAAAGUGAUUUCAAAUAUCCAUUUUAUAACUUACUUCUAAGAGUAUGGAGUGAUCUCCAAAUUCGAGGUUAUUUAUCUAAGGAUAUUCCUUUUCCAUAUAAUCAGCACGAUGUAGAAAGUUUAACCACCUCAAAGAUGCUGAAAACUGUAUCUGAUGCUUUGGAGAUUAAAGUAAAUAAAACUGCUGUUAAACUGCAGAGGCAAGAGUCAUUGCAACAAGCAUACAGUACUGUGUCUCUUGAAGACAUGGAAAGACUUCGUAAAUAUGUUCUUAAAGAUUGUCAACUGUUUAGUUAUGAUGAUAGACCGAAACUACUUUUUGAUAGGAAAAAUAUGUUGAACAAUGAACAUAUUUACAUGGCAGGCAUUUAAGCUAUAUCAAAAGCUUUGUCAUAUGUAAUUUUCUGAAAAGAAAAUUAAUCCAACUGACGGUGCAAUGUUUACUCACCCAUAAUGUUUAUAUUCGGAUACUCGAACUUCAUGUCGAGAUAAUUUUGGAAAUAUUUCCCUAUUGUAUAGAUAUUAUACGAACAACAGUUUUUAUUUAAACCGUUGUAUUUAUAUUUGAUAUGCAUCAGUGAUUAUUGAUGUAUUAAUUCUUUUGUUUUGUCUUCCAUUGACAUGUGUAUAUUAUACAAUUGUUAAUAUAAGAGAGUGUAUUAUUUUUUUAUAUCUAAUAAAGGGUUUUUAA